GUAGAAGUUACCGAGUAUACUAUUCUGCGCCUCUCGCGAUACCCCGAUCACGGGAGCGCAAGAGACGCACAUACGUGACCAGCCGCGUCACAUGCCAUUUUCGGACUCUGCUCUCUACCUCGCUGCAGACCAGAGGAUGAGGAUCUGCUGACAAAGUGAGAAGUCUGCAGAGAAGAUGGAGCUGGAGAAAGACCUGGUCUCUGGACCCGAUGAAGAAGAAAAGAUAACAGAGAAGAUAUCACUCAAGUCAGAAGACGUCACUCAGUUUUGAUUCGUAUAUGCAGACUCGGGAAAGGCCGUUUACCCUCAAAGAGCAAAAACAGAACGAUUUUACACGCUACGGGUCCAGAUUAACAGAUUACGGAGUGUGCGAAAGAUCAUAAACAAUUAGAAUGGCUCAGUGGUAUGAAUUACAGCAGAUUGAUACCAAAUUCCUGGAACAAGUCCACCAGUUAUAUGAUGACAACUUUCCCAUGGAGAUCCGUCAAUUCCUGGCACAAUGGCUUGAAGCACAAGAUUGGGAACAUGCCUCAUCUAACGUUUCUUUAGCCACAAUUCUGUUUCAUGGACUUCUGUCCCAGUUGGAUGAUCAGUAUAGCAGAUUCUCCUUGGAAAGCAACUUCUUAUUGCAACAUAACAUUCGGAAAAGCAAGCGCAACCUACAGAAUAUAUUUCAAGAGGAUCCUGUGCAAAUGGCAUUGACAAUUUACAGCUGCUUAAGAGAAGAAAGUAAAAUUUUGGAAAAUGCUCGGCUAUAUACAAAGAGUCAGGUGGGCAGUACACAGUCUACUGUUAUAAUUGACAAGCACGGGGAAUUGGACAAGAAAGUGACGGAUGUUAAGAAUCGAGCUCUUGAGGUAGAACAGGAUGUGAAGAACUUAGAAGACUUGCAAGAUGAAUAUGAUUUUAAAUACAAAACGGUACAAAGCAGAGAAAAUGAACAUAAUGUGCAAAGUGAACAUCUUGCACAAAUUGAACUGAGACAAGAAAAAUUGAUGUUACAAAACAUGUACAUUACCAUAGGUAUUAAAAGAGAGGAUAUUGUUCGUAAAAUAGGAGAGCUUCUUAAUAUCACAGUUCAAACCCAAAGCUCCCUUAUUAAUGAAGAAUUAGUUGAAUGGAAACACAGACAACAAAUAGCUUGUAUUGGUGGUCCUCCAAAUGCUUGCCUUGACCAACUCCAGAACUGGUUCACCUCUAUUGCUAAAAGCCUUCAGCAAGUUCGCCAGCAGCUGAAGAAAUUAGAGGAGUUGGAGCAGAAACUCCCACGUGAUUGUGAAGAUCCAAUUACAAAAAACAAGCAAGCCUUCCAAGAGCAUACACAGAAUAUAUUUAAGCAACUGAUACAAAGCUCAUUCGUGGUCGAAAGGCAGCCCUGUAUGCCAACUCACCCUCAAAGGCCCUUGGUUUUAAAAACUGGUGUUCAGUUCACAGUGAAAUUAAGACUGUUGGUCAAACUGCAAGAGCUUAACUAUCAGCUGAAGGUUAAAGCAGUGUUUGAUAAAGAUGUCAAUGAAAAAAAUACAGUAAAGGGGUUCCGCAAAUUCAAUAUUUUAGGUACACACACAAAAGUAAUGAACAUGGAGGAAUCAACAAAUGGAUGUUUAGCAGCAGAAUUUAGACAUUUGCAAUUAAAAGAGCAGAAGAAUGCAGGAUGCCGGACUAAUGAGGGACCACUUAUUGUUACUGAAGAGCUGCAUUCUUUGACUUUUGAGACACAGCUUUGUCAGCCUGCUUUAGUUGUCGACUUGGAGACUGCAUCACUUCCUAUUGUAGUAAUUUCUAAUGUAAGUCAGCUUCCUAGUGGAUGGGCUUCUAUUUUAUGGUAUAAUAUGCUGACUUCAGAAACAAAGAAUUUAUCCUUUUUCCUAAACCCACCAGCGGCGAGAUGGACACAAUUGUCUGAAGUGCUAAGCUGGCAGUUUUCCUCUGUAACUAAAAGGGGGCUUCAUGCAGAUCAACUAAAUAUGUUAAAAGAAAAAUUGUUAGGUCCAAACAUGAACAAUACAGAUGAAUUUAUUCCGUGGACUAGAUUCUGCAAGGAGAAUUUAAAUGACAAGAACUUUCCAUUUUGGCUUUGGAUUGAGGGUAUCUUAGAGCUAAUUAAAAAGCAUCUGCUUUGUCUGUGGAAUGAUGGAUGCAUUGUGGGCUUCAUUAGUAAGGAAAGAGAACGUGCCCUGUUGAAAGAAAAACCUCCAGGAACAUUUUUAUUGAGGUUCAGUGAAAGCAGCAAAGAGGGAGCAAUCACUUUUACCUGGGUUGAGAUAUCACAAAAUGAUCCUGUUUUUCAUUCUGUGGAGCCAUACACAAAGAAAGAGCUUUCUGCUGUGAGUUUUCCUGACAUAAUUCGCAACUAUAAAGUAAUGGCAGCAGAAAAUAUUCCAGAGAACCCACUAAAGUUUUUGUAUCCAGAUACACCAAAAGAUGUGGCAUUUGGGAAGUAUUAUUCAAGGCCUAAAGAAGCUCCUGAACCCAUGGAUAUUGAUGGACCUGACCGAAUAGGUUACAUUAAAACUGAACUAAUUUCAGUAUCUGAAGUACAUCCUUCCCGUCUUCAGACUGCAGAAUCACUUUUGCCGAUGUCACCAGAUGAAUAUGAUGAUCUAACCAAGCUUGUUGGACCUGCCGAAUUUGAAAUUAUGCAUUCCUACAACAGUUAAACAGCUGAACUAUCAUCUUGGAACAAAACUGCUUAGCAAAAGUGACAAUUUAAAGCAUAUAUUUGUUUAUAAAUAAAUUAAUUAGAUGAACUUAUGUAUUAGACCAGGCCUGCACAACUAGACAGUACAUAAGGGCCGAAAUUAACAUAGGGUACCCUUCUCAGAGCCACACACAGGCUUUUAGUGGGGUAUUUCAUGUACUUUUAGGGCACCUCAAGUUAAAUAUUUUUGCAAAUACAUUAAUUUAGCAAACUUGCCUUCUUUUCUUGAUAUUUCCUCCUGCUCCUUUCCUUCUUUUGUUCAUUGCUCAUUGUAACCUAGACAACUAUCUGUCAGCAAAGGGAGAAAAGGAGCAGGAGUAUCAGGAGGAGGCAAUUUUGCUAAAUUAAUUUAUUUGUAAAAACAUUUAACUUGAUGUGCUCUACAAGGUUAACUGUAUUGGUUGAGAUUGGAAUACCCCUUCUAUAUGAAGUCACCUGUCCCUGUUAAAGUCAUGGCAUUCACAUGCUCAUUGCUCCAGGGGCCCUUAAUGCAAUUUAGGGUUAGGUACAAUGAGCAGAGCAGUUAGUGUAAAAAGGAUGCAUUCAGCAGAGCUGACACUGUACUGACUCAUACAAAUCCAGCUGCAAGCAUAUUAACAACAGAGAGAUAGAUCAUCAUCUUCUACCUUGUAUCCGAUGGCAAAACUUGCAGAGUCCAAGCGGGAAGCAAAAAGUAUAUCUAGAAAGAUUCUACAGCUGCUCAGCACUGCCGCCCAGUAGACAUACAUGUACAUGUAUAGUAGGACCUUCCUUGACACUGAGGGACAAAGAUAGCCAACGUUAGCUGUGUGUGUGUACUAUAUCCGCCCUUCUGCACAACUGCAGCAAAGUGAUCCCAUAUGUCUCAAUUUCAAGGAAGCUCCUGGGCUACGGACUAGACUAAGACCUUCCUUGAUAUCACAGCAACAUAAUCCCGGGCCAUAUGUUGUGCAAGCCUUUACCAGAGAAAAAGCAUGUCAAACAAAUAUCAUUUGUUUAAAACUUACAUAGUUAGUAUUCUCAUGGAAACAUAGCCACCAAAAACAUUAACCGUCGUUAUGGCAACAAACUGCAAACUAUUUUUCAGAUUACUAUAAAUUGACUGUUUAAUGUGUGGAUAACAGUAGUGCACAUUUACAAUAUGUCUUGCAAUGUUUAUUGAAUAAAAAAUAAAAUACAUAUAAGCAAAUAUCUGUCAGUUGAAAAAAUACUACUA